AUGUUACCUCCAUCCCCGACAAAUCAUGCACCACAGCAAAUUAAUGGCAACAAUCAUCAUAGUAAUGCUGUUAGAAUUCUUCCUAAGCAAACAAAUCUUCCAACAACUUCGGUAUUUGCUCUUAUGAUGCCUCCCGAUGCUGCAUCAUCAGCUAAUGGCGGAUUAAAUAAUUCCGGAAGUCAAAGACCAUUAAUGCAACAUCACACUUCAAUUAUCCAUCCAUUGCUGACACAACAGCAACAACAUCAGAAUCGUAAUUCCGUUAAUAAUGAUAAGGCUCGCACUACAGCUGAUGAACGUGAAUUACAACGAAAAGUCUCACAUUCGGCGAUAGAAAGAAGGCGACGUGAACGUAUCAACGAUAAAAUUAUGCAGCUUAAAGAAUUAAUACCGAAUUGUGCCGAUCAAGAACAUUUGCAUAAAUUGAACAUUUUGCAAAGCGCAAUUGAGUAUAUUGAAUAUUUACAGGGAUUAGUCGCCGAAUCUCAACUAAGGAAUAAUGAUAGUGGUGAUUCAUCAAAUGAUGAUGCAGCUGAAGAACGUCGUGUAGUAAAGCGUUCUAAAUUUGAUCGAUAUGGCAUACCAUCCUCUAAAUUCACAACUUCGUCAUCAAACUAUCGUGAAGUAUCUGAAUCACGUGAUAAUGAUUAUCGUAGAAAACGAAGUUCAGCAAUUUCUACGACUUCCACUCCUGCUAAUAAAAAUUCAAUGAAACUUGCGAUCAAUACGACAUCCAACAACAGUAUUCAAACGCCAAGUGUUUCAAGUUCAGCAGCAUCACCAACAUCAUCAAACGAAGAAACGAAUAUUCUAAAAGAGAAUCCGCAGCAAAAAAAGACAUGUGAUGUUGAAACACAGACAUCUUUGGAUGAUAGCAGUAGUAGCACGUGGUCUAUCGCAUCAACAGCCGCUCAAGAAGACGAAGAAGAUCGUCGAAAUUACUGUGACGAGGAAGAUGCUAACGCAAAUGAUGAAAAAAAGAAAAAUGAUGCUGAUAUUGAGAUGGAUGUAGUCGAUGGACAUGAUGAAGAACAAAAGCUUAAUGAUAAUCUGGAAGAGAUCCCAAAGCGUGGGAUGAAUGUGCAACUUUUAUUAUGCUAA